GAUGAUAAUGGUUGAUAUUCCGCAUCGAGGUCAGGCAGACAAUAUAUAACAUUGUCUGGAUGUAGAUGGACAAAUCCUUAUUUUGAUCAUAUGAAUAUUUGAUGUUUACCCAUUGUUUAAAUAGAAUAUAACAGAUUUCGUAAUACGGAAAUUUGUAGAGGAUUUGUUUUCAUUCCCAUUGUAACAGUUUAACUUGUGAUAUCGCAAAGCGCUAAUAUAGGUUGGGACGAUCAUAACAAUGAGCGUAAUCAUAAUGCACUGGUUUGAUCAACAUCACAAAAUAUAUAUGUGAGAGAGCGGACAAAUAAUGUGACUUUAUACUUGAAUCAAACGUGUUUAGACAUUUAAGUGGCCAUAGACCCUGUUUUGAAUCAGAGGUUUCAAUUUCACUAUGCAAAGUAACUCCACAGCCGUCCAAGGAUCCAUGAACAGCUAUGCCCAGUGUAUCACGCGGCUGUACUGCUAUACAAGGUCUUGAUUGCGACAUAGUGACGUAAAACUGCGAUUGAAGUUAUUUUUCUUCUUUGACAGGCAUUUAGAAGUUGGAGUACGAAAUGCAUGCUUCAAGGACAUCCAACUCUCUAAUAAUGGUGUGCAAAACAUAACAUCCCCAGGAUACCCGCUGCCGCAUGGAUCAUUUGGAACAUGCGGAUGGAAGAUACUUGCAUCGUCAAAGGAACAUCUUGUGGGCAUUUAUGUUGCAUACUUUGAUUUGGAAGAGUCCAGUAAUUGCCAACAUGACAGUUUGUCCUUCUAUGAUGGGUCAGACAAUUCAAGUCGACUACUGUUGCAAUUGUGUGGCAACGAAGCAACUCAAAGCAGUAUCCUCAGCAGCGGAGAUACUAUGUACCUACAGUUUAUUUCCGGUGCUGUCUCUAAUGGCAAAGGAUUUGUUCUUACAGUCAUGGACAUUGAAAGAUGCGGUGGAAGGUUAACAGCAACAUCGGAGAAAGCGAACCUCACCUCCCCGGGAUAUCCUUACACCUACUUUAAUAAUCUGAGGUGCAUAUGGAUUAUAACAGCAGAAAAUGAAAACGAGACAAUUGCUUUGAUAACUAAAAGCUCAAAUAUAAACCCAAAUACGGAGUCUGGGAAUAAGUGGGAUGGCGAUAUGGUUCGUGUUUUUAACGGAAACACAACUGAAGCGGACCAAUUUCUUGGGGCAUUCAAUUCAUUCUACACGCCUGCGUAUUACAGUUCAAAGGAUUCACUAUUGAUAGAGUUUACAACUGAAGGUGCCACAACUACAGAAGGCUUCUGGAUGCAAUAUACCGCGAGACCAGAGGGCAACUGUAAUGGGACGUAUAUGAUAUACAAUACACCUGCAUACGUUCUAUCACCGGGAUACCCCGAUUCUUAUCAAAGCGAUCUGGAAUGCGUCAUAAUGAUAGCAGAAGUGCUAGUACCAGAGAACAUGAGACUUGACGUCCUAUCUUCUGAGAUGGAGGGAAACUACCCCCGAUGUGAUAAUGACUCUGUAACUCUGUUUUCAGUGUAUGGUAAUGAUGAUGAAGACACUAUCGGUGAAUUUUGUGGAAAUUCAUCAAUAUCCCCAGUUGGGCCCUACUAUUCUAAUGGAAUGAUUAUGAAAUUGGUAUUCAAAACCGGCAGUGAUACCAGCGGAAAGGGCUUCCGGCUCCAGGUAUCUCAAAGUUCACGUCCAGUGAUUCCCCAUCCUACUCAUGUUUGUGGUCCACGAUUUCUCAAUGCAUCCACAUAUCCAAAAUUCCUUCAGUCUCCCGGAUAUCCUGUGAUUUCUCAGAACAAUUUAGACUGUGUUUGGACAAUGACGGCCUCUGAUCCAAAAAUGAUGGUGCGCAUCGACGUCAUCGAUUCGGACGUUCAGACGUCAAUAGAUUAUCUCAGCUGCAAGUAUAGCCGCGUCACAGCUUACAAUGGACCAUCCAUCUUCAACGCCACUAUUUUAUUCUGGUGCGGCGUAUCAAGACCGACUCUCCAGAGUACUGGACCAGCUAUGACAGUUCAAUUCCAGACUAAGCUCUCAAACGAUAAAAGAGGCUUCAAACUCAAAUAUUUUGAAACUAAUGAGACAUACAGGUGCGGUGGAACAGUCAAUGUUACUACAAGCAGGGCUACAAUCUUGACAGGGCCGUAUCUAAAUUCACAAGAUUGCCACUGGACUAUACAUGCUCCAGCAAACACAAACAUCCAAAUUAACGUCACAAACGUGGAAGUAGUUUUUACGCCACCAUCACCAACAUGUGAUUUGGGUUACUUGGAGCUUUACGAUGGUACCAAUACUGGCUUAAGUACUCCAAGGAGGUGGUGCGGUAAACACGACGCUGACUACAUCAGUUCCGGAAAUAUCCUCACAGCCAGACUGAACUCCGGCGCAACCAACAGAUAUAGAGGAUUACAAAUGUAUCUUCAGGCUGGACACUUCGAUGGAUCAACGAACACGAUUCUUUCUGCUGCGGUUGUUGAUCAAUAUAUUACGUCUCCAAAUUAUCCGUUUGAUUGCCCGAGAAUCACGGAAUCCUCGUGGAAGAUUGAAGGAGGUGAUAAUAUUUUCCAGAUCAACAUCGUAGUUAAAAACUCAAGCCUAGACCUUUCUGAUGGUUGUCAAAAUGACUACGUGGAAGCGUUUGAUGGCUCCGACACCAAUGCUCCAUCCCUUGGUCGCUGGUGCGGGAAAGAUAAACCAACGAAAACAGGUUCUAGUUCUACAAUGUUCCUGAAAUUCAAGUCGAAUUCAAGUCUCAAUGUCGGCAGGGGGUUCAAGAUAUUGUAUAUUUUGCAAACGAGAGAAAUUGAUACGGGCUUCUCGCAAACUGCGGCUAUUAUUGCGAGUUCAGCUGGGGCCGCAGGUGGGCUAAUAGCCCUCACACUGAUAUUCGUCGGUCGUAGGCGGGAACGAGCCAGGCGAAACAAACAACCACUAAUAACCAAAAAACUAUAGAAGCCACUAUGGACACAACAACAUUCCCCAGUCUUCAGUCUUCCCAUUGACAAAACAGGUUGCCAUACAGAGAGCGAUCGCAGUUUGGAACCUGUGUCAAGUCAUAUUUUGCAUUGUAUAUAUAAACUUAUUUCAAUCGUUCAUUUUGAAAAUAUGAUAAUGAGUCCAGUAUGGAGAUUUAAGUUGCAAGAAUUUAUAUGCAGUAGUUUUAUCUGUAAACAUUUUUAACAGUUUCCAUGUUUCAAGUUCAGAGUGAAUGUCCAUUUCAAUGAAAUUGAUUAGCUCUCCGAGACAUACGCUAUAUAUACAUGCUCGUUACGUUGGAGUUGGAUAAGGACACUGCUCAAUGACCUGCAAUCACAUAAUGUCGAUUAAAUCUAUUUGAAUUGAACUUGAUGAGCAAGAACAAUUUCACUACCGACAGUAGGUAACAUUAGAAUCCCCUAGAGCACUGUUUACAGCAUAACAUGUAUAAUGCAUGAUUCUACAUAUUGUUCAUGAGUUUAUCAAAACAGAGUACAACACAUUUCGUAUUCAUAUUCCCUAUCACUUAUCUCGGUGUGAAAUAAACAUGAUUACAUUUC